CGCACGAGCGGUUCAAUGCAGAACGUUGCGAAAAACGUCAUGAUUUCACGCAUGCGCAGUAAAGAGGAAACAGAGCAACUGGAGUCUCCGUCUGUAACCGUUGAUUUAACGCCAAACAGCUUUUCAUCGCCUCGGAUUAGAAUGGCGUUAAUUUUGUUCUCGAGAUCUCGGAUUCCGUUUAUGAAAUCAUCCAGGUCGAUAAAGAACGACCCCAGAAAAGGAAAGCUGAAAGAAGUCACCUGCUUUAGUUGUACUGCACAAUGCCUGGCUACAAACAGUCCCGAGAUUCUCAGAGGCAGUUUGGGAGCUCAGACGGUCUCUCUCAGGCUCCAUCCUGACCAUUCAUAUGCACGUCACUGCCCACUGAACAGUUCAUCUCGUCCUUACUGUUCCGUCCUGAUAUCCAGCUGUGCUGCACUGGGCCACACGAAUGCUGUCUCUCAUUGGACAGUUGCACGGUGGAUUCACACCUCAAGCUCUCUUUGUGACGACUCCAAAGUGGAGCGCUCACUGCGUUCACUAAAAGAUAGAAAUAAAAAGCUAGAGGAGGGAGGACCCAUCUACAGCCCUACUGUGGACACGGAGAAAGUGCGGCGAACGAUAGGGCAACGCGUAAUUGAUGAGGUGAAGCACUAUUACCACGGAUUCCGACUUCUGUGGAUUGAUACAGCCAUCACCGGACGCAUGCUGUGGAGAGUGCUGAACGGAAACGCUCUGUCACGAAGAGAGAGGAGACAGUUCCUAAGGACAUGUGCAGACUUAUUCCGACUUCUGCCUUUUCUGGUAUUUAUCAUCGUUCCGUUUAUGGAGUUCCUGCUUCCUGUUGCUCUGAAGCUUUUCCCCAACAUGCUGCCAUCCACCUUUGAGACAAAGUCUAAGAAGGAAGAGAGACUGAAGAAGGAGCUGAGAGUGAAGCUGGAGAUGGCGAAGUUCUUACAGGACACAGUGGAGGAAAUAGCACUGAGAAACAAAGCAGACCAAGGCAACGUGACUGAGGAGUUUUCUACCUUCUUCCAGAAGAUCCGGGACUCGGGUGAGAGGCCCAGCAAUGAGCAGAUCAUCCGAUUUUCCAAACUGUUUGAGGAUGAGCUGACCCUAGACAACCUGACACGGCCGCAACUGGUAGCUCUGUGCAAGCUACUGGAGCUGCAGCCCAUCGGCACCAACAACUUCCUCCGCUUCCAGCUGAUCAUGAAGCUUCGCUCCAUCCGUGCUGAUGACAAGCUGAUAGCAGAGGAAGGAGUGGAGAGCCUGAAUGUGAAUGAGCUGCAAGCUGCAUGCAGGGUUCGAGGCAUGAGAGCGCUGGGAGUGACAGAGGACAGGCUUAGAGACCAACUCAAACAGUGGCUGGAGCUACAUUUGAACCAGCACAUCCCCACUUCUCUGCUACUGCUCUCAAGGGCUAUGUUCCUUCCGGACACUCUGUCACAUGCAGACCAGCUUAAAACCACACUGCAGACGUUGCCUGAGAUAGUGACUAAAGAGGCACAGGUGAAAGUGGCAGAGCUUGACUUCUCCAAGGUGGAUAACAAGACUAAACUGGAGACCAUGCUGCAGGAAGAGGCAGCUAUUCGCCAGGAGAACAGAGAGAGGGAGCUGGAGAGGCUAGCCGAAACUGCAGAGAAAGCCAAAGAACAGAAGGAGGAUGUGGAGGCUGACACGCGGGUUGAAGCUGAUCUUGCCGAUCUUGCCAGCGUAGAUGCGGCUAUACACUCGGAAUCUUUACGAGACACAGCACCAGUGCUGGAGGGUAUAAAGGGAGAGGAGAUCACUAAGGAGGAGAUCGACAUGUUGAGUGAUGCCUGCACCAAACUGAAGGAGCAGAAAAAACUCCUGACAAAAGAGAAGGAGGAGCUGGAGGAUUUGAAAGAUGACGUGCAGGAAUACACUGAGGAUCUAGAGGAGAUAAAGAAAGAGCUUUCUAAAACUGGGCAGGAGAAAGAGGUGGAAGAGUCUACAGCCAGUAAACAUCUGUCAAAGCGGGUGAACCGCAUGAUCAGUCGCAUGGAUAAGAUCAUAAAUGAGUUAGAGAAAGACAAGCUGGUGCUGGAUGGACAGAUGGACAGUGCAACCACGCCACCAGUUGGAUUUUUCUUUGAGAAAUGUAAUGACUUACAAAGGGAGAACCUGAUUAGCAUCAAUGAGCUCAUUGCUGUCAUGAGGCAGAUCCAGAGCAUUCCGGAGCAAAAGCUGCUCAGCAUCGCCGACGCGCUGGAUGAAAACAAGGACGGCAAGAUAGACAUUGACGAUGUUAUCAAGGUGAUGGAGCUGAUCGAUAAGGAGGACGUAGACAUCGCCACUUCGCAAAUGGCAGAGAUCAUGUUGAUGCUUCAGAAAGAGGAGAAGCUGGUGGAAAAGGAGAAAGCUAAGGAGAAGGCUGAAAAGGAGCAGGCAGCUAAAGUUCAGUAAAACUAUGUUCAUCACAGCAAGCUACCACUCAACAGGAACGCACAGAGGAACAACUGGUGCUGUAGCCACUGGUUUCAUACUUGAAAAAAAUAAGAGUAAUGAAAUUAUUUUAAAUUAAAUAAUUGCUAAAAAAAAUCCCAACAUUCGUUUCAACAUCUAACCAUCAGCUGGCAGCGAUGUCACGUCAUAUGUCAUGUGAGCUUGGCUCACUGGUUUUUCUUUUGCACGUCGUCAUCAUUCCACUGCCACUGCUGGCAUUCGGAUUCAGUUAUUUUGUGUUAUUUUGUUUAAACCAGGUUCUUUUAAGUCGAAUUCAUUAGUAGACACCACUGAAUGUAGCUCAGCUGGCUUUUGAGCGUGAUUGUAAUUGUUUAGAAACCAAAGGUAAACUUGCAAAGCUAUUACAGAACUCAAGGUUAAUAUGCAAAUGCUACAGACUGAAUAUCAAGUCAUCUCAUUGAGUGAGCCUCAGUUAUGUAUUUUGGUCUUUAUUUGCUAAUUAUUCUGCUGUGGCUUUGAGUGAACAAACACAUCUUUCCUGGUUUUAUAAAAAUGACCUUUAUUGGUUAAGAGUUGGUCAGCUGAAAAUCCCUUUUACCCCUUUAUGGAGUCUUGUGGAUGUGUAUAAUACCUUUUCCACCAGAAAGAACCGGGUGCUGGUUCAAAGUUGGUUCCAGUGGCGAGCCUUCUAAGAACCGGUUUGCCUCUCCAUGGGCUAGAGAGCCAUCACAGAGCCAAGUGUUGCUUCGCUGUAUACGUGUCAUCUUUCUCAGCAUCGCUAGCACUCAAACUGACUUGGUGAGAAAGGGGCAUUUGUUUAUAUCUUUGGCUUCAGCCAGGCAGCAGCCAAGGGUCAGAUGUCAAGCCUCACCACAGUAACCACCUGUAUUUAUGCAGCUUGCAUAUCUGCAUUUGGGCCUUAAACCGCAAUGAAUUUAUUGCACAUUAAAUCUGAUUAUAUAUUGUUUAAAGGGAGCAAGAUGUACUGAUUUACAAUUGCACUAUCAUUAUUUAAAGCUUUUUUAUUAUUGUAUUGCAGUUGUGAUUCAGACUCAGGAAUAUUUGUGUAACGGACUGCAGGUUAGGAGAGAAGCAGGCAGGAGGAGGAUUUAACUGAAAGAGUUGUUAUGGUAUGUCUCUGCCCUGAAUGUGCACUACUGACCAACUGAUUUAAUAUACACUUGCUAAUUGUUGACCAUCCAACUGAGCAAAUUCAACAGUAGUAGAAUGACAACUGACUGAAAAGGCAGGGGGAAAUUCUGAAAAAAGUAAACACUGUAUAUUUUAUUCAGUGUUCAACAAACAUCGAAAAAGAAAGAACUGAUUUUAAAUUAGGCUUUGGCUCCGAACCAGCACUCAGGAAAAGGGGCAAAACUGCCUUGGUGGAAAAGGGGCAUUAGUGGACUAGUUAACCUUGGAACAAAUGCAAGCUUUAGACUCAUAAUUCAAUAGGCCGAACUUCUUUAUGAAACUGUUGGGUGCUUGAAUUAUAAGUGUGUGUGUGAGAGAGAGAAGAUGGAGAAGGCUCUUUGCAGUACAGACAUUGUUGGUGUGUCUAGGUCUCGGCUCAGACCCAGUAUGAUGAGGUAAAGUAAAAGUGUAUUAAACAUUGGUAUACUUAAGGUACAUUAUCAAAGGCGCUAACAGUGUUACCCCGACCCCAGCCCCUGAAGCAAGCGUUUCUUAAGUCUAAGUGUGUGUGUGUGUGUGUGAGAGAGAGAGAGAUGAAAUCUCUUUGCAGUGCAGACAUCGUUGGUGUGUCUAGGUCUCGGCUCAGACCGAUUAUGGUGAGGCCAGUCUGGGUACAGUCGCUUCAAGGACUGGGUAAACACUCGCACCAUAGAUGGACAGGGCAGCUAGCAGAUACAGACACACACAUUGUAUUAUGUCAGCAUAACAUAGUUGCACAGGGCACAGCAGACAGUGAAUACAUCACUUCUACUCCUAAACAUGUCAUAGAGAAAGAACAGUGUGUCUGACCUGAAAGCACCGUGUCUGUGUUGCAUCAGAGAGACAGAUAGCUCUGUUUUGGAGUCAGGGUGCCUUUUUCACUGCCCCUAUCCACCAGAAAGAACCAGGUCCUGGUUCAGAGUUGGUUCCAAUGGUAAACCUUCUAAGCGGUUUGCCUUUCCAUGGGCUAGAGAGCCGUCACAGAGCCAAGAGUUACGUCACUGUAUACGUCUCAUCUUUCCCAGCACCGUUAGCGCAGCAGCGGCAAACACUACAUCAACAAUGACAGAUGUUGCUUUACUGUUUAUGCUCAUGGCUUUGCGAACCUACAUUGGCAUCCAAACGCAGCGAAUCCAACGUGUACGUGCAUCUCCAUGUAAUUUGUAUAAACAGAGGUUGCAAUUGAGAAUAACGGAAAGUACAUAACAUUAUUUUAUCAUUAACACAGAAAGAAAACUACCUGCUAUCAUGUGUGCUGUUAAUUAAUACACUUUUACUUUACUGCAGUAUAAUCAAACAUUGGUAUACUAGAGGUACAUUAUGAAAGGCGCGACCAGUAGCCCCGCCCACAUGCGCUAACAGUGUUACCCCGCCCCCAGCCCCUGACCCGAGCAGUUCUUAAGUCUAGACCAGCAACGUUUUGGUGCUACUUAAGAACCACUUUUCCUGGUUCAGAGCCGGUGAUUUGGGUGUCGAAAAAGAAAUAACUGAUUUUAAAUUAGGCUCUGGCUCUGAACCAGCACUCAAACUGCCUUUCUUGGAAAAGAGGCAUGUCUUUGGCUUCAGCCAGGCAGCAGCCAAGGGUCAGAUGUCAAGCCUCACCACAGUAACCACCUGUAUUUAUGCAGCUUGCAUAUCUGCAUUUGGGCCUUAAACCACAAUGAGUUUAUUGCACAUUAAAUCUAAUUAUAUAUUGUUUAAAGGGAGCAAGAUGUACUGAUUUACAAUUGCACUAUCAUUAUUUAAAGCUUUUUUAUUAUUGUAUUGCAGUUGUGACUCAGACUCAGGAAUAUUUGUGUAACGGACUGCAGGUUAGGAGAGAAGCAGGCAGGAGGAGUAUUUACCUGAAUGAGAGGUUGGGCAACUUUUGUCAAGUGGCUGGAGACUAUUUUUGAGUAAAUGACCCUAAUUUCCAGGAAAGAGUUGUUAUGGUAUGUCUCUGCCCUGAAUGUGCACUACUGACCAACUGAUUUAAUGCUAAUUGUUGACCAUCCAACUGAGCAAAUUCAACAGUAGUAGAAUGACAACUGACUGAAAAGGCAGGGGGAAAUUCUGAAAAAAGUAAACGCUGUAUAUUUUAUUCAGUGUUCAACGAAUUCAAAACCAAUCGGAGCUUAUUUAAAAGAAGAAUCCAGAUCAAUAGAUUUAUUGUUAUUGAAAGUUCACAUGACCCCAAAACAAGUCAUUUUUAAAUCUCUGUAUUGGCUCUGUAAGAACAUUAUCUAUAUAAUCACAGUUAGCAAUCAAUUGAAAACACAAAAAGCAACCUAUUAAGUCAAGAUUACAAUAAAAGUCAUCAACGUGUUUGUUCAAAUAUAGUCAUAAAUGUCACAGUACCUGCUGUUAAAAAGAUGUAUGCAAAGUAGGUUUUUUAUGCCUCUAUAUGUUACAACUGUACAAGCAUACAGUGGAUUGGCAUUUAGUGGUUAAAUUCAAUGAAUUUAUUUUCAUUUUACAGUUUACCAAUAUCAAAGGAGGUAUGUAGCUUGAUAAUUGAUAUAGUUUUAUUAUUUAAAUAAAAUUUAUUAAAAGAAGCACAAAUGAUAUCUUUUUGAUGAAAGGUAAGAUGAAUUUACUGAUACUGUUUAUCAGAACAUUAACAAUCUGAAUUUGGUUGUCUUAAAGUUUUUAAGUCAUAAAAUAUAUGGAAAAUCUAGCUUUUAAUUUUGCCUUGACUGAUUCUUGUGUAUAAAUAUUCAUAUUCUGAAACGGGUCGUUCCAGUUUAAAUAAAAAUAAAUAAUAUGA